CUGAAGCCUUGUUCCGUUCCGGCAGUCCCGAUUCCCGACUAACCCGAGGCCCCGCCCCAGCAGGCACACACGCUUCCGACCGGCCCUGAGUCUCCGCCCCUCAGUCCCCAGCAACGCCCCCUUCCGGGUCCCGGUUGGUUCCCGGGUCCGCGCUGGCCGGCGCCCUCCAUGUCCCGGUCAUCUGAGACAUGCUGCCUGAUUGCCUGUCCGCCGAGGGCGAGCAGCGCUGCCGGCAGCUGCUAGCUGGGACCACUGCCCGGUUACGCUCGCGGCCUGCGGCGGCCGCAGUGCUCGUGCCGUUGUGCCUGGUGCGCGGUGUCCCAGCGCUGCUCUACACGCUGCGCUCCAGCCGCCUGCGCGGGAGGCACAAGGGGCAAGUCAGUUUCCCAGGCGGUAAGUGUGACCCCGACGACCAAGAUGUAAUACAUACAGCCCUUCGGGAGACUCAAGAGGAGCUGGGUCUAGAAGUGCCCAAGGAGCACGUGUGGGGUGUCUUGCAGCCUGUGUAUGACCCGGCAAAGGCAACUGUAGUCCCUGUGCUUGCCAACGUGGGCCCAUUGGAUCUGCAGAGCCUCAGGCCCAACCCUGAGGAGGUGGAUGAAGUGUUUGAGCUGUCUCUGGCCCACUUGCUGCAGACACAGAACCAGGGGUAUACCCACUUCUGCCAGGGCGGCCACUUCCGCUACACAAUGCCUGUCUUCUUGAAUGGACCACACCGUGUCUGGGGCCUCACAGCUAUCAUCACUGAGUUCACCCUAAAGUUGCUUGCCCCUGACAUCUACCAGCCCUACCUAGUUGUCCCUGAGCUGCCUAGGAGUUGAGGCCUGGCCUUUAAGUGCCUCUGCCUUCGUUUGACCAGGCUACUCCAGAGCUGAUUAAAAGUCUUUGACAACUC